GGCAUGCUCCUGGAGGGGCCGCCCGGCCCCGAAGGCCCUGCGGGUCUCCCAGGACCUCCAGGGACGAUGGGUCCCACAGGCCAAGUGGGUGACCCUGGAGAAAGGGGUCCCCCUGGACGCCCAGGCCUUCCUGGCGCUGACGGGCUGCCCGGCCCUCCUGGAACCAUGCUCAUGCUGCCUUUCCGGUUCGGAGGGGGCGGUGACGCGGGCUCCAAAGGACCCAUGGUCUCCGCGCAGGAGUCCCAAGCUCAAGCCAUCCUGCAGCAGGCCCGGCUCGCGUUGAGGGGGCCUGCUGGCCCGAUGGGUCUCACUGGGAGACCGGGUCCCAUGGGCCCUCCUGGGAGCGGAGGUCUGAAGGGCGAGCCAGGAGACAUGGGGCCUCAGGGUCCGCGGGGUGUGCAGGGCCCACCUGGCCCGGCAGGAAAGCCUGGGAGAAGGGGCCGAGCUGGCAGUGACGGAGCAAGAGGAAUGCCCGGGCAGACUGGCCCCAAGGGUGACCGCGGCUUCGAUGGCCUGGCGGGGCUGCCAGGGGAGAAAGGCCACCGGGGCGACCCUGGCCCGUCCGGCCCGCCGGGACCUCCAGGGGAAGAUGGAGAAAGGGGCGACGAUGGAGAAGUUGGGCCCAGAGGGCUGCCUGGGGAGCCCGGGCCGCGAGGUCUGCUGGGGCCGAAGGGCCCCCCAGGCCCCCCUGGACCUCCCGGUGUGACGGGAAUGGAUGGUCAACCAGGCCCGAAAGGCAACGUGGGUCCCCAGGGAGAGCCCGGCCCCCCGGGGCAGCAGGGUAACCCAGGUGCCCAGGGUCUUCCGGGCCCCCAGGGCGCAAUCGGGCCUCCAGGAGAAAAGGGUCCACUGGGCAAACCCGGCCUCCCAGGAAUGCCUGGUGCUGAUGGACCCCCGGGGCACCCUGGCAAAGAAGGCCCUCCAGGAGAGAAGGGAGGGCAGGGUCCACCUGGCCCCCAGGGUCCAAUCGGCUACCCAGGUCCUCGCGGAGUCAAGGGGGCGGACGGCAUCCGAGGUCUGAAGGGCACCAAGGGCGAGAAGGGUGAAGAUGGCUUCCCGGGCUUCAAAGGAGACAUGGGCAUCAAGGGCGAUCGGGGGGAGAUCGGCCCACCUGGUCCCAGAGGGGAGGACGGUCCCGAAGGUCCCAAGGGACGAGGCGGUCCGAACGGCGACCCCGGUCCUCUGGGACCCCCUGGGGAGAAGGGCAAACUCGGAGUCCCAGGACUGCCAGGCUACCCGGGAAGACAGGGGCCAAAGGGUUCUAUCGGAUUUCCUGGAUUUCCUGGCGCCAACGGAGAAAAGGGCGGCAGGGGCACCCCUGGGAAGCCGGGACCGCGAGGGCAGCGAGGCCCGACGGGCCCACGAGGUGAAAGAGGCCCACGGGGCAUCACCGGGAAGCCUGGCCCCAAGGGCAACUCUGGAGGCGAUGGCCCGGCUGGCCCUCCCGGUGAACGGGGACCCAACGGACCCCAAGGACCCACGGGGUUCCCUGGACCAAAGGGCCCCCCGGGGCCCCCAGGCAAGGACGGGCUCCCGGGACACCCUGGACAGCGAGGCGAGACGGGUUUCCAAGGCAAGACCGGCCCUCCAGGCCCUCCGGGUGUGGUCGGCCCUCAGGGUCCCACUGGGGAAACUGGUCCCAUGGGCGAGCGUGGCCACCCUGGGCCCCCGGGCCCCCCCGGUGAACAGGGGCUCCCGGGCCUGGCCGGGAAAGAAGGGACAAAGGGAGACCCAGGCCCCGCCGGCCUUCCUGGGAAAGACGGUCCCCCCGGGCUGCGAGGCUUCCCUGGAGACCGAGGACUUCCUGGUCCAGUCGGGGCGCUUGGACUGAAAGGCAGUGAAGGCCCCCCCGGCCCGCCAGGCCCCGCGGGAUCUCCAGGGGAGAGAGGUCCUGCUGGUGCCGCCGGGCCCAUUGGAAUUCCAGGGAGGCCCGGGCCCCAGGGGCCCCCUGGGCCGGCUGGGGAGAAAGGCGCCCCUGGCGAGAAGGGUCCACAAGGCCCAGCUGGCCGAGAUGGUCUCCAGGGCCCCGUGGGGCUCCCCGGUCCUGCUGGCCCUGUGGGCCCCCCUGGAGAAGACGGAGACAAGGGAGAGAUUGGAGAGCCAGGACAGAAGGGGAGCAAGGGAGACAAAGGCGAGCAGGGUCCACCAGGGCCUACAGGACCUCAAGGCCCCAUCGGACAGCCAGGCCCCUCCGGAGCCGAUGGCGAGCCGGGACCUCGGGGCCAGCAGGGCCUCUUUGGGCAGAAAGGCGACGAAGGUCCGAGAGGCUUCCCCGGGCCCCCAGGCCCUGUGGGGCUGCAGGGUCUGCCGGGACCUCCUGGAGAGAAGGGCGAGACGGGUGACGUGGGUCAGAUGGGCCCACCAGGUCCCCCCGGCCCCCGAGGACCCUCCGGAGCUCCAGGUGCAGACGGGCCACAAGGACCCCCCGGUGGAAUAGGCAACCCCGGAGCCGUGGGAGAGAAGGGUGAGCCUGGCGAAGCGGGAGAGCCUGGCCUUCCCGGCGAAGGGGGCCCCCCGGGACCCAAAGGCGAAAGGGGGGAGAAGGGCGAGUCGGGCCCCUCCGGUGCCGCCGGACCCCCGGGGCCCAAGGGCCCUCCCGGAGACGACGGUCCCAAAGGCAGCCCCGGCCCCGUCGGUUUUCCCGGAGAUCCUGGUCCCCCCGGAGAACCUGGCCCCGCGGGUCAAGACGGUCCUCCUGGCGACAAAGGAGACGACGGUGAACCCGGGCAAACGGGAUCACCAGGCCCUACGGGUGAGCCAGGCCCAUCUGGGCCUCCAGGAAAAAGGGGUCCGCCCGGCCCCGCAGGCCCCGAAGGCAGGCAAGGGGAGAAAGGAGCCAAGGGAGAAGCCGGCUUGGAAGGCCCUCCUGGGAAGACUGGCCCCAUCGGCCCCCAGGGGGCCCCUGGGAAGCCGGGGCCUGACGGCCUUCGAGGGAUCCCCGGCCCAGUGGGUGAACAAGGUCUCCCCGGAGCCCCGGGCCCCGAUGGCCCCCCAGGACCCAUGGGCCCCCCAGGACUCCCCGGCCUCAAAGGAGACUCUGGACCCAAAGGAGAAAAGGGUCACCCAGGCUUGAUCGGCCUCAUCGGACCUCCGGGCGAACAGGGAGAAAAGGGUGAACGUGGAGUCCCCGGACCCCAGGGCUCCUCGGGCCCUAAGGGAGAACAGGGUAUCACCGGUCCUUCCGGCCCGAUUGGCCCCCCAGGUCCCCCCGGCCUGCCGGGCCCCCCUGGUCCAAAAGGUGCUAAGGGCUCCUCGGGUCCAACUGGCCCGAAGGGUGAGGCAGGCCAGCCAGGACCCCCUGGCCCACCAGGCCCCCCGGGCGAGGUCAUCCAGCCCCUGCCAAUCCAGGCGUCCAGGACCCGGCGGAACAUCGACGCCAGCCAGCUGAUGGACGACGCAGAGGGCGAGCAGUACAUGGACUAUGCGGACGGCAUGGAGGAGAUCUUCGGCUCGCUCAACUCCCUGAAGCUGGAGAUUGAGCAGAUGAAGCGGCCGCUGGGCACGCCGCAGAACCCCGCGCGCACCUGCAAAGACCUCCAGCUCUGCCACCCCGACUUCCCCGAUGGCGAAUACUGGGUGGAUCCGAACCAAGGCUGCUCCCGGGACUCCUUCAAGGUCUACUGCAACUUCACGGCCGGGGGCUCGACGUGCGUCUUCCCCGACAAGAAGUCCGAGGGG